GUCCUUCUCCUUCUUCUCUUCUAUCUUUCUUUCUCCUCUCUCUAUCGUCUUGUUAAGCUAUGGGAAUCUCCUUCAGCAACCGUAGACGAAACAACCACCACCGCCACCAUCACCUCCCUCCUCCUCCGCCCUACUAUUACACCGAUCAACCACAACAACAACCACCGCCUCAACCACCGCACAAUGAGUACAGCUAUUCAGCUCCGCAACACACUCUUCCUCCACCCUCUCAGCCUCAGAUUAAUUACGGAUCUCACGGUUAUCAAAACCCUCAACAGCAACAGCCUCACGUCUAUAACUACAAUCAAAACCCGCAACAGCAACAGCAGCAGCAGCCUCCUUAUUUCUCCGGUUAUCAUCACAAUGGGUGGAAUACGAUGAUGAGACCGGUUUACUACGGUCCACCUGUGGUGGUUAACCAACAACAGCCUCUUGUGGAGCAUCAGAGCGCUAAGAAGGUGAGGAAUGAUGUCAAUGUGCAUAAAGAUACGGUGAGGCUCGAAGCUGAUGAUCUUAACCCCGGUUAUCAUCUAGUUUCCUUCCUCUACGAUGCUGUAUUCGAUGGCAGUUUUACUAUAAUAUUUUUUGCAAAAGAGGAAGAAAACUGCAAAAUUGUCCCUCAUUUUCCAGAAGCUUUCCCACCAACCAAAGUCCCUUUCCAAAAAGGAACCGCACAGAAGUUUCUACAAUCUUCAGGGACAGGUACAGACUUAGGUUUCUUUUCACUCGACGAUCUAUCAAACCCAUUAACAGAAGAGGUGUACCCACUUGUAAUAUCAGCAGAGACAGUGAUCUCACCAAGCUCAGGUUCAGAUGAACCAUUAGUUCACAAACAAAUCACACAAGCGUGUUUGGAGAAGACUAAUGAUGGAUCUUUCAAAGUGAAAGUCAUGAAACAGAUACUGUGGAUUGAAGGAGCUAGAUAUGAGCUACGUGAGUUGUAUGGUAUCGAUAACUCGGUUGCACAAGAUGAUGAUGUUGCGUCAGGGUUAGAGGAUAGUGAUGACAAAGAAUGUGUCAUUUGCUUGACUGAACCUAAGGACACCGCUGUGAUGCCUUGUAGACAUUUGUGUUUGUGCAGUGACUGCGCUAAAGAGCUAAGGUUCCAGUCAAACAAAUGUCCCAUUUGUCGACAACCUAUCCAUGAGCUUUUAAUGAUAAAAGUGGAAAGUAGCAAUGAACAACAUUGAAAAAAAGAGGUUAUUAAAGAAAAGGAAAAAGCUGGUUAGAGAUUGGAGAAUGUUUCCUAUUGGAGUUAAGCCAGAUUUUUUUUUAAAUGGAAUGUUUUCAUUCUUUUGAUAGAAUGUUCGAACUUUUGUAUAGGAAUAUAUAUAUAAAACAGAAAAGUCUUCAUUUGAUUGUAGUGAAUUGUGACCCUCUUAACAAGCAAAAUUGUAU